AGGAGGCGUUACAUACGUGACAGCAGCAGUCAGUGACAUAAACGUUCAAGAUCAGGACACUGCUAGUGCUAGAGUGUGGGAUUUCAGUCAAAUCUUUCUUUGCACGUGGAACUGACCAAGAGCAUUUCUACUCAGUAUGUCUGAUGCUAUAAAGAAUGUGGCAAUAUUCGGCAGCACGGGGAUGACGGGGUUAGCGACCUUACCUAUCGCCGUGGCCGCAGGUUACAGCGUGACUGUGCUGGUGAGAGACGCUGCAAGGCUUCCUCCAGACCACAAGGCCUCCAGAGUUGUGGUGGGAGACGUUCUGAACAAAGAGGAUGUGAAGAAGACCCUGGAGGGUCAAGAUGCGGUGAUCAUCAUUCUGGGGACAAGAAGUGAUCUCAGUCCCACGACGAUGAUGUCUGAGGGAACCCGGAACAUUCUGGAGGUCAUGAAAGCCCGUGGAAUCCGUAAAGUUAUUGCGUGCAUGUCAGCGUUCCUCCUGUGGGAUCGUGCCAAAGUUCCUCCUCGUCUGGUGCCGGUCACUGAAGAUCAUGACCGAAUGUACACUGUCCUGAAGGAGUCAGGAUUGGACUAUGUAGCUGUCAUGCCUCCACAUAUUGCUGGUGACAAACCUCUGACAGAAAAAUACACCGCGACUGAGAACAUGUUGAAAGGAAGAGUCAUCUCCAAAUAUGACCUGGGCCAUUUCUUCGUCAAGUGCCUUUCCACCUCUGAAUGGGAUGGAAAGACGGUUGGAGUUUGUGGAGAAUAUAGUUAAUCUACUCAGCGGCACUUAGUAAUUAUUGAUUUAUUCUUCACCAGCCAAAAUGACUUCACUUUUGCAGCAUCCUUAUUAUUAUUUUUUUUUAUACUUAUGCCAUUAUAGAAGUGUCAAAUAACUGAAACUUUUUUUUUUAGUUACUGAUUGCAUCUAUAAAGUUUUAUUUUUAUUUUUUAUAAACAUAAACUGACCAGCAAUAAAAAUCUAUAGUUAAUCAUAUAAGUUUUGUUCUUACUGAAAAAAAAAUUUAAUUGGAGAACUUCGCUGUUUGUUUUGCCUUAAGAAUCAUUGAAUGAAAACUAUGUCAUUUGCCUAAUAAUGCAAUCAUUUUACGUUGUGUUUAAAUAAAGA